GUCAACCCACUGAAAAUGUCCCAAGCGUCUUGCAACCAAGUCCUCGCCUUGCUGGGCGACCUGUUGCCGUCAACCGCCAGCAGGAUUUGCUCCGGGACCCCCCAUUCUUCCAGAACACUUCUCCCGUGCUAUCCUCGUGUUACAGCCCAUCCAAAUAGAUUGGCGGCCCACCCCUAAUCCUGCCUCUUAUCCACAGAAUCUCCG